AGCUCCUCAUCAAACAGCGUCCGGACUCGCCACUGCAGCAAGCGACACGGUGAAAGGAACCGCGGAUAUAUAUUCUGUGACUUCAUUUGGGGUUGUCUCUCCUCCAGGUUGUCAUGCAGGAUAACAGGAAUGGGAAGAUUCCAUUCCCACCACCCAUCAGCAGAGACAGGGUCAUCUGGGAAUUUCCAAAGUACUACACACCUAAUGCGUCUCUGCAGCUGAAGAAAGACUGGGACACUAAGGCUAAAGCAGCCUGUAAAGACGGAACCACCAGCCGUCAGCCAUGGGACCGCCAGAAAAUGUCAAAAGUGGUGGUUGUUGGAGACCUGAAUGUGGGGAAGACCUGCCUCAUUAAUAGGUUCUGUAAGGAUGUAUUUGAAAGAGACUACAAGGCCACCAUAGGUGUGGACUUUGAGAUCGAGAGAUUUGAGAUAUCGGGAGUGCCUUUCUCCCUUCAGAUUUGGGAUACUGCUGGGCAGGAAAAAUUCAAGUGCAUCGCUUCUGCAUACUACAGAGGAGCUCAGGUCAUUAUCACAGUCUUUGACAUGGCAGACAUAAAGUCCCUCGAUCAUACAUGCCAGUGGCUGGAGGAGGCCAUGAGAGAAAAUGAACCUCACUCCUGUUUCAUCUUCUUGGUUGGCACUAAGAGUGACCUGCUGCCUUUAGAAGAAAGACAGCGAACAGAAAAAGAUGCCAUCAGGAUAGCAACAGAAAUGCAUGCAGAGUUUUGGGCUGUUUCAUCUAAAACAGGGGAGAACGUGCAGGGUUUUUUCUUCAGGGUGGCAGCCUUGGCCUUUGAAAAGUGCAUGCUGAAGAACAUGGAGAAUGGAGCCCCUGCUAGCAUCGGACAUGGAAAUAGUAUCAAAUCAGAUCGGGCCAACCUGGAGGAGGCGGCGCAGCAAGACGCAAAGAGAACCUGCUGCUGAUGAACGGAGGAACUCUCAAAAUGCUUUAUUCUGAAAAUCACUGACUGUUUUACUGGUCUGAAAAGUGCCUUAGGACAUGCUCCAUUGAAAUCACAGAAACUGCUAUGUAUUCUGAUGUUUGCAAAAGGUUCAGUACCAGUAAGAGCUACUGGAAGCCAAUUGUUAUUUGAUGGAAGCCGGUCUCUUUUGCUGAUACUAAAUUGAAUGAAUCUGACGUUGUAAUGGGAUAGUUGUCAGUAUUUCAUCUAGAAUAUUUUAAAUCAUGGGAAACCUAACAUAAAACAUUAAAUAAGGCUUAUAAACUAAAAUGAAUCAUUUUGGUUUGUGGUCUUCUCAUGUAGUAUUGGUCUUUUUCUGCAAAAUACAAACUACCACCAUGGGACCGGCCAAUAAUACCACUGGCAAAAACCCUUGUGUGGGCGCUUUAGAUAUUCUUUGCUACUGUCAUAGUGUUUGUUCUUUUAUACAGUAUUGUUGUGGAAUAUGUCUUACAUCUUAUUGUGGGGGAUAAAGAUUUAAUGAAAGUAUUGUUUACUUUUAUUUAAUAAAAGUGUAAAUUCACAGAUAAAAUUGUUACACAUUUAUGAUGCCAUUUUUAAAGUAACAUCUUGAUUUAUUGGAGCAUUAGCUGAUGAUAGCAGCUGUGCAUUUAAAUAAUAAUAAAAAAAUAUAAAUAUUUUGUCAUCAAAUAAAGUGGUUUAUCAGCUGUC